UCUAUAUGUAUAAGAGAAGUAAAUGGCACAGUUUGCCUUUUCAUUGAAGUGAUUCAACGCACUGCAUCUGUAUUUGAACAUUUAAAUCACCUUUCUGCCAUUUUAAUUUAGAUAAAUAAACUCAAACCUUCGUAGUUUUAAAAAGAAAGUUGUACAGAUAUGGAUUUUUAUUCAAAUUUAAAUCUGAUUUCAUGAAAUCUUAAAGAUAAGACAUGAUCCAGAGUUUAUAAUACGAGAAUGUGAUCUUGUCAAGAGGAUAAUUGUGUUAAUGUCAGCCCAAUUAACUUCAAGUUCAACUUUUUUUAGCAAACAAUUAAUUAAGAACCAUGUAAGAAAGUGAUUUGAUGUGAUAAAGGAGUUCAUUAGGACCUUAGAUAAUUUGAUGAUAUCUUGAUAAUGUUCAUUUGAAAAAGAUGCCAAAUCCAAGACAAUAGCUGAUGCUGUUGUUUUUCAAUUUGAUUGGAGACAAUUUUAGAAAAUAUACUGUCAAAACACUUAGAUGCAUCUAGGUAAUGCAUAGGCCGCAUUGAAAAACACUGAACAACAUUAUGGCUGAAGCUGUGGCAGUCCACAGUGAGGGCAAGCAGUUAACAUGCAGUAUCUGCCAGCGACAAUUCAGAGAGAUGACGGUCUCCUCAUGCUUUCACACGUUUUGCCUCGACUGUCUACGAGGUCACAUGACCCCUUCCACCCCCGGGCGAGGUCUAACUACCCCAGGGCGGGGCUACACCUGCCCCCUGUGUCAAUCCCCUGUCAUCCUCCCUGAAAGUGUUGUACGACACCUUAAAAAGGGAGAUACUCUUAUACCGGCUGGGACAGUGACAAGGAGGUACAGUCCUGCUGUGGCGAACACUUGUGAUGUUUGUCAGGAUGGAAGGAUGGCUCUUUACAGGUGCCUGCAGUGUGAACAGAGUUUCUGCAGUACCUGCACAAAUGCCCACUUGAAAAUGAGGUCAUCUCGUUACCAUGAGCAACAGCUGAUUCCCCUUACAGGUCAAGGUCAUUUAGAUGACCAUCAAGAAGAUCAGAAGUCAAGGUUAAGCAAAUACUGUGAGAGACACCGAAAUGAUGAAAUUAAAUUUGUAUGUAGACAAUGCGGCACUCUACUUUGCAUUGUAUGCAAAUUAUUGGAGCAUGAAGGUCAUGUGACCAAAUUGGUGUCUGAAGAAGCCAAUGAAAUCAGAGAGAAAUUGACCACAUUGAUGCAAAAGCAAAUAGGAUUAGGAGAAAGAUUGAAAAUGCAAAUGCGGGAAAAUGAGAAUAGAAAAUACCAGUAUCCUCAAAGUUUAGACCAGGAAUUGAGUAAACUCAACAUUCAGGCUACUCAUAUGCAUAGAGAGAUUGAUGUUGAAAAGGAAAGGAAAGAAAAUGAACUGCUUAACCACUAUGACCAUCACAUUGAAACAAACAACCAGGAUUUGGAAUACAGACAGAGGGAUUACAAUGACUUUAUGGCUAUAAAUUCUGAGGCUUUACACCUGCUGAAUGAAGACAAUGAUAUAUAUGUUACCAAGAAAGGCUCAUACAUCUGCAAAAGACUGAAAGAAAUAGAGAAUGAGACUAAAGAACAAAGGAAAGAAUCUUCAACUCCAUCGAUGACAUUUAGAAGUGGACAGAUUGAGCAAAACAAAUUGGAGAACAUGCUAGGAAAGCUGUCUUCCCAGCCAAUGGCAACUCAUCGUCAAGUCAGGGUCUUAUCACCCCAAGGCCAGACUUUCACACCGCAAAGAAGCCCAGAUGGUAGAAGUCUUGCAGAUUCGUUGUUUGAAGAAGUUCCCAUAAAUAUAUCAGCUUCAAAAAACGAACCCCAUCCUCUGACCAUAACCCCAAUGUCCAACUUUAAACUCCCAUACAGUGAUGGUAUUGGGUACGUGUAUGGGAUAGCACCAGUGGAUGGUGACAAAGCAUGGGUGACCAUGCUGGAUUCUGAAAAAGUUAUGCUUGUGAAUACACAUGGUGAAGUGCUGGUCACAGUAAAUGUUGGUCAUAUAGCAGAGGAUGUAACUGAUGAUGGUAAAGGGGGAUGUUUUAUCACUUGCCCAACAAGUAAAAGUGUAAAGCACAUACACAUUAGUGGGGAAGAGACAGUGGUUUCUUCAGUAGUUGAAAAUCUAGCUCAAGACCCUCAUGGUAUAGCUUUACUGCAGUACUUUGAUGAUGAUAUCCAGGACUUCUUUCAGGAGUUGUAUGUUACUUUCACUGAGACAAGGGGAUCCAGAAUGUCACAGUAUGACAACCAGAAGGGUCAAGUGAGAAUUUUUACAAACACCGGAGAACAACUGGGUCAGAGUUUUUGCCUUCAGUCACCUAUAAGGAUAGAUGUGGCUCCAGACUCGGAAGAUAUGAUAGUUUCUGACCAUAGCGCGGGGUGUGUGAUGAUUUGUGAUAGGGCCGGGCUGAAUGUUGGAGGACUAUACAAGGGUAGUGAGAAUGAACUGUUUAAGCCCUUGGGUGUUUGUUUUGAUGGGUUUGGGGGCGUGCUUAUUGCUGAUUGGCGAGCGGAGACGGUUACCAGGGUGACGAUGGAAGGGGCAAGGCUAGGGGUUGUGGUUAGGGGGUUGAAAGGGCCUCAAUCUGUGGCUGUGAAGGAGGGGAUACUAUGGGUUGGGGGCAGGGAGGGGCUGAUACAGGUACAAAAGCUGUCUGGUUAAUAAAGGGCAGUGGUCAGGUGAAGCUCCGGUCUGACUUUGCGUUGGGGGAAACAGAAAUUGAAGAGGUUCCCUAUUUGUCAGCGAAGGAAUAAAACUCUUCCAAUGAUAUAACAAUUUUAGAAAUAUUAAAAAAAAACACUCAUAAAUAAAAAAAUUGAAAAUUUCUGAAGUUGCUCCUGUAAUACUAAACCAGAACAUAAUAAUUAUCGGACUUUAAUAUUGUAGCAUAAAAGCUAUUGGCUGAGAAUGAUCGUGGGGGUACAGAGGGGACCAAGACAGCGGAUGGUUCCAAACAAGAAAGAGUUUAAGGGCCUUCCAGAGUGCAAAAGUGGGUGGUGGAGACCAAAAAUUUAAGUUUCAAAAGUUCAUGUUUUAUUGUAGUUUAGAGGAACAGCCUUUUUCGGGAGUAAAACAGACAUCCUUUGCGACAUGUAAUGGGAUAAUGAGUCGGCCAAAUUUUAUGAAAUUUUAUCAAGAAGUACCCGGUAGGCAAGAUGACUAGUUCUUCUUUCUUAUGCCACACAUUCUUCAAGGUUACCAUAUAGACGAGAAUCUAGCUGUUGUGCAGUGGGCGCAAUUUAAAGACAAAAAAAAUGAACUUAGAAUGUUAAAUAUGGUAGCAUUGAAAACACUAGAAUUGUGUUCAUAGUAAAGAAAGUUGUGCCAUAGUCAGUGCUAUGAUAAUUGUAAAUGAGAAGACAACAGACAAAAUGUUCUCAUUAUGCUUAAUGGGGCUGUCCUAUCAUUUUAUGGAAGCAUAAUAUAUUAAAAUCAAAAGGGUCAUAACCCUCAAAAAUCAUUAACCGAGAGAAUGCUGUCAAGAGUCUUGUUAGUUAAGCUUUCCAGAAGUUUCAUGGAAUUCUAGUGGGCGAUUGCUGAGAAAUAGCUUCAGCUGGACAGGAGAAGUCGGACAUGAAAGGAUAGAU